CGUGCUGUCAAGGAACUUCGAUCAGUUCCACCAACUAACUAUGGCCGCCGCUUCGAUCUCAAAGCUGCGCUCCAUCCUUCUCCGCUCGGUGAAAUCCGCCGCCGCCUUCAACUCUGCCGUAGUCUCAGCUCGCUCAUUCUCCUCUUCUUCCGUCCCUCGCGCCCUCUUCCGCCCUCUCGCCGCCGCUCACUUCACGAAUCCUUCCUUCCCCGCCUCCUCUCGAUGCUACGCCACGGAGACGAAAACGUCCUCGCCCGGCGACCUGAGCCCUAAUUGGUGGAACAGGCUUCCGAUUGGCUUCGAUUCCGAGCAUUGGCUCGUGGUGAUGGAGGAGCCGGAGGGAAACCCUAGGAAGAAUACGAUCAUUAACGACUACAUUAAAACCUUAGCUCAGGUGGUCGGCAGCGAGGAGGAAGCGAGGAUGAAGAUCUAUUCGGUUUCGACCAAGCAGAAUUUCGCAUUUGGGGCACUCGUGUCUGAAGAGCUUUCUAACAAGCUGAGAGAGUUGCCCAGAGUCCGUUGGGUUCUCCCUGGCUCAUAUUUGGACUUGAGGAACAAAGAAUAUGGAGGGGAAACAUUCACUAAUGUGAGGCAGAAGCGUCAUAGGCAACAAGAAGAAGAAGCAGAAGAAGAAGAUUGGGACUUGAAAAGUGGAAGUAAGACUGGUACUACUUACAAGUGGGGAGGUUUGUUUCUGGAUUGGCAAUGGGAAGUAAGAGUAAGGCCAGUGUCUACAAAUUGAUAGUGAUCCUAGGGAGUCAAAGCUUGUGCUAGAGAUUACAGAGGUUUGUUUUCUUAUCGGCCAUUCUGAUUACUGUGAUUACAAGAUUUGACGUAAGCACGUGUUCAUGUUGUUGGAUCGUGAUUUUUGUAAAUAGUUACAGCAUUGUACAAACAAGGUUCUUCUCAGUUUUAUGGAUUGGAU